AUCUUGGUCUCGCAACACUGGAGUGAUUACGCGGGAAAUGGACACCUUGCGGUAAAUAGUAAACACGUGAAGUGACGAGGACGCUUCGUUUAGCUAUGCACUUGUUAUCUGCGUUCGAUUAGAACGUGGUAAGCUCGGGCUCUCACCCUAGGGCCCGAAGAUGAGCCCGCCGGAGGGAUCGGAGGAUAAACCGCUCCUCUUUGAAGACGCCAAGUUCUGCCUUGCCGACGAUCUACAGGACGAUGAAGAGUUCCAGAGACUCCUCGUCAAGCACGGUGGCAGAUUGAUCAAUUAUCUAUCUGACAACGUCACCUACGUCAUCGCCGACAAUCCUGACAGUUCAACAAUUACUGAGGCCCAGGAUCUAUAUGAGAAACCUGUCGCAACGAGCUCAUGGGUUCGUCUCUCGCUCAAGUGUGGAAAGCUUCUCCCUUUGGAAGCAUUCUCUCCACACAAGAACCAGAUUUUUUCAAACACCGUCAUCUGCCCUUCCCAGCUUUCAGGGGAGGAUAUGAAAACUUUGUGGGCCAUGGUGACCUUUCACGGCGGCAAGUUUCGAGCAGUUCUGGACAAGACUUGUACACACCUUGUGGCUGCCAAAGCAGAAGGGGUUAAAUAUCAGAAGGCCAUGGCUGCUGGCGGCCUACAGGUGAAAAUUGUGACUCCUGACUGGGUCACAGACUCCGUGAAGAGCAAAGCACUCUGUGACGAGACGCGUUACCACCCUCGGCUGUUAGUACCACCAAAGCCCCCAACGCCGCCAAAGCCACCUACCCCUCCACCAGUGCCAACGCCUCCCAUGACAAGCACCGCUGCAUCCCUCUCGCAGCAACAGCAAGGGUUUAUGAGCUUCCGUGCCCAGCAGCAGCAGCAGCAGUUUGGAAUGGCCCCUGUCACACAGCAACAGUUGUCAGUGUCCCAGCAGCAAGCUUUGACUUUGCAGCAGCAGCAAAUUCAGCAGAUUCAGCAACACUUGAUGCAACCGCCCUCCUCACAGCAGCAGCACUCUCUCCAGCAACAGCUUGCACAGCUCCAGGUUUCGCAACAUCAGUUACAGCAACAGCAGCAAUUUCAGCAGCAGCAGCAGCAACAGCAAGUAUCUCAGCAACAACAGCAGCAAAUGGCUCAGCAACAGCAAGUGCCUCAGCAGCAGCAGCAAAUGGCACAGCACCAACAGAUGCCCCAGCAGCAGCAGCAGCAAAUGCCCCAACAACAGCAAAUGUCACAGCAACAACAAAUGUCUCAGCAGCAGCAGCAGCAGCAGCAACAACUGUCUCAGCAACAGCAAAUGUCUCAGCAGCAACUCCAACAGCAGCUUCAACAGCAGCAGCAGCACAUGGUUCCAACCUCUCAGUUUGCGACCCGCAUGGUCAACGUGUCAUCGUCAAGCGGUGACAUUAAGGUGUCCCUGGCAAGCAAUCAAGGAAUCAGCAUCAUGACCAUAAACAAACAGCAGCUCUUGCUGCAGCAGCAACAACAACAGCAGCAACAACAGCAGCAGCAACAACAACAACAGCAGCAGCAGCAACAACAACAACAGCAGCAGCAACAACAACAGCAGCAGCAGCAGCCACCAGGCAGUGCCAUGGUGCGGCCAGAUGGUACCAUGGUGCGACCAGAUGGCACGGUGGUUCGUCCAGUCACGCAGAUGCAGCUGAUGCAACAGAAGCAGCAGUCGCUGCAGCAGAUGCAGCAGCAGAGGCAGCAGUUUCCACCGGGCAUGCCUGUUGUGGUGUCGCAGCAAGGUGUUCGUGACACAGAGGCAGUCUCGUGCCUCGCACCACUGCAGCCAUGGCCUCAUCAGGGCGGUCUGCAGCUGACCCCGCAGCAGAUAAUGCAGAUACGCCAGCGGCAGCUCCAGAUGCGUCACCUGACGCCCCAGCAGCAGCAGAUUCUGAUGCAGAACCUGCAAAGGCAGCAACAGCAGCAGCAGAGGCCCCUCACCAUGCAGCAAUUCCAGCAGGCAAUGCACGCCGGUCAGCAGCAGCCUAUGCAAAACCUCCAGCAGGCACAGCAGCAGCAACAGCAGCAGCAACAGCAGGCACAGGCACAGCAGUCUCCCGGGGGUGGCCAGCCGGGAGUCGCUCAACUGCUGAGGCAUCCGCAGCAAGUGCUCAUUCAGCAGAUGCAGCAGCGUCAGGGCAUGGCUCCGCGAAUGCCUCCUCAGCAAUUCCAGCAGGCUGUCCAGGGCCAGGUGGCUGGACAGCAACAGCCUCAGCAGCAGCAACAACAAGCACCGCCACAGGCUUCUCCGAGUGCUGGUCAGCCGCAGCCGCAGCAAAUGUUGGCUGGUGCGCAGGGUAUGGUCCCGGGCCAGGCGUCACCGCAGGCCAUCAUGAAACCACCACCCCAGUACCCUUACGCAGCUGAGAGGCCACUGGUCCGUCCGCAAUACCCGCCACAGCAACAGCCACAACAGCAGCAGCAGCAACAAUCACCCGGCUCGGUGCCUCAGCAGCAGGCUACCGGACAGCAGCAGAUGCAGUGGGCCAACUUCCAGCAACAGCAGCAGAGGAAGACUCCCGAGGGCGGUGUUCCCGCCUCAUUGUCGCAGCCACAGCCAGCAGUCCAGUGGCGACCGACCGCAGUGCCUGCCGGCAGUGACGAGCUGAAGGCAAAGGUACCUCAGGGUCUCACCGGGCAGCCUCCGGUGCGUCCCGAGGGCGGCUUGCAUCCCCAGCAGCAGCAGCAGGCGGCUCUCUGGCAACAACAGCAGCUGCAGCUCCACAAGGCACAACUUCAACAGCAGCAGCAGCAGCAGCAACAGCAGCCUGCACCUGUUGGGGGAGGAGAGCCAGCACCUUCGAACAACACUGCAAGCCAGGGUGUGCCCACCCUGCAGCACCAGCUGCAGUGGCAGCAGAUGCGUCAGGCUGAACUUCAGCGCAGACAGCAAAAUCUUCUCCAGGAGCGGCAGAUGCUUCAGCAGCAACAGCAGGCUCAGCAGGGGCCCCAGCAGCCACAGCAGCAACCUUACCUGGUCCAGCGACCACCUCCGCCUCAGUAUCCUGGCGUAGGCAUGCCGGGACCUCGAGAGCAGCUCGCAGCAGUGGGUGUUGCAAGGCCGCCGCAGGCUGCAGCCGGAAUGGUGCAGUUCCAGCAGCAACAGCAGCAGCCACUAGUUCAGCAGCAGGUGCCUUUUGUGGGUGGCCCACAGCCCCCAGUGGGGGGGUCUGCCGCGAACACAGCGGCAGCGGCUGCAGUAGCCGCGGCCACGCUGCAACAGCAGCAACAACAGCAAGCCGCAGCAGGCGGCAGGCAGCAGCAGCCGCAGCAGCGGCAGGUCCCAACCCCGCACAAGGUCACACCCAAGACCAAGACGGCUCUGGCCAACCUGCUUAACACGCGUCUCCAAGGCGUCGCCAGAGGACCCGGCGACUUGGCGGCCGACGCCCUGGGUCACGGCGUCGUGCGGCUUCCCACGCCAGGCAGCGAGGAGCAGCAGCAGCACAUUAGGGAGGGCCCCAUGAUGAACCCAGCGUACCGGUCAGUUCGUGCUCCUGUACCACCACCAGCUCAGCAUUUGGCCAACGAUACAAGAAACUUUGGUACAGAAGUUCCCGUGAAUGCCAACGCCCCGGUUGAACUUCAUUUCUACGGACACGAUCCGAGAACCCAAGUGCCUACGGAAAUGUGCCUGGUGGGUUGUGUAUUCUGCAUCGUGGAUUACGACCGCCUCUACGAAUCGUCGGAGAUAUUGAAGUGGAAAAAGGUCAUCAUGCAGCGAGGUGGCGAAGUGGAGGAGAUGUACAGCCCUCGUUGUACUCACGUCAUCUGUGAGACGCAACGCAGCGCCGUUGUGCAACAGGCAUUGCGUGACAGCAAACGUUGCGUCACAGUAUUCUGGCUGAACGACGUGCUGGCACGGAAGAAGCUGCAGGCCCCCUGGCACGCGUUACACUUUCCGUCACCCUACCUAGAGAACAAGCCUUGCAAGAACCAGAUCAUUUGCACCAGUGGCUUCGACACUGAAGAACGAGCUCUGCUGAAGCAGAUGGUCCUGACAACUGGCGCCAAGUACACCACCUACCUGACGCGUCUCAACUCUCUGCUCAUCACCAAAAAGAAGGAGGGCCUGAAGUACCAGAAGGCCCAGGAAUGGGGCAUCGGCAUAGUGAACACACAGUGGCUGCAGGACGUCAUGCUGGGCCACUACGAGGCCCUGCGGUUACCCACCGCACCCAAGUAUCAGCAGUUUGAGGACGUCCGGCUGGACUAUGGGCUUGUGCCACACCUGAUGGCGGCAUGGAGGAUACCCAUCAAGCUCACCGAAGAAGUCUGGAAGCGGUUUACAGCUUCGGAGGCCUUCAAGGAGGCCCAGAAGCGGAAGCAAGAAAAUCCUGCGAAGUCUGAAUCAACACCUCCAAAACAACCCAGACCAACAGCUGAAGAGGAAGAGAACAUACCGGUGACUGUGACCACAACUCUUCCAGAAGAGAAAGUUCCGCAAGUUCUCCUCACAGGCUUGAAAGACGUGGAGGAACUGAAAAAGGCUGUUCUUCAGCUUGGUGGUGCACUGGCCAAGUCGCCCAAGGAAUGCACGCACCUGGUGACAAACAGGAUUCAACGAACGGUGAAGCUUCUCUCGGCCUUUGGGACGGCUAAAUUCGUCGUGACGCCACGCUGGAUCAAGGACAGCGUUGCUAACAAUGGAUUUGUUG